AUGGAGCAAACAGGCGACGGGACGCCGCGCAACGUCCUCAUGAACCACUUCCAUCACGUAUUCCUGGAGCUGCAAGUCAUAGGCGCGAGAGAGCUCUCCCCCAUCCUGGCUCUUGGGUUAUGCCGCCCAUUCCUGAUGAACUCCAUCUUUGCUCUCUCGGCGUCCCAUCUCCGCUUCAAAUCUGUAUCCAAUGCGUCGCAUCGCGUGGCCGAACACUUUCAACAAGCACUAGCCAUCAAGAAUUUCCAGGGUGCACUGGCUUCGCCCCUGGACCAACAGACUGCUGAUGCGCUGCUCCUAACGGCCAUGUUUCUCAACCUGCUGUCAUUUUCGGCGGUAGAGGACGAGGAUAUCGGGAAUUCGUGGGUAUACAACAAUCAUCCUGACAGGCUGGGGUGGUUUUCGCUCUCACUGGGUAUGAAGCCUCUCAUCUACGCGACAGAGACAUUUCGAGAGAAUACUAUUCUGAACUGGCUGUUUGACUCAUCCGAUGAUGAAGCAAAGUCUUUUCAUGGUUCAUGGGAGUUGAUGCACUUGCAUGACGUUCCUCUUCAUUGGUUGGACCUGGUUGGCUUGACGCGGGAUUCCCAGCCUGACGCCAAGUUCUUUCACCCUAUUAGGAUUCUGAGUGAGACUAAUAAGCUGGAGCCAAGCCCUAAGAAUUUCUUUCUCUAUGUGAGUAUGAUUGGGUCCUUGGACGUUGAUUUCCGCACCGACCUGGAGAGGCGGCAUGAGAUGGCCAUGUGGCUCAUGGGAUAUUGGUUGGGGCUGCUACUUCGGUAUGACUUUUGGUGGCUUCGGAAGAGGGUAAGAAGAGACUUUCGUGCCGUCUGUAGGAAACUGAUGGACAAUGGCGUGAGGGACAGGCCGGGCGCGGAGGGUGUGAUGUGGAGGAUGCUGGUGGAUGACUUGGAGAAGGCCCCUUACUGGAAGAGUCUUCCACACGGUGGUCGAGUCUGCGAAGAAGUAUAG